CAUUUGUGUAGGUUCUGCCAAAAAAUGUGUUGUGUAGUGAGCUAGUAUUUUUAUUUUAAAUUCUUGUAAAAAUAUUCAUAUAACAUAGUUUAUAAAGAAACACACAUGUCUGUGCUCAACAAGGAUACUUUGCUAGCUCCACAAGCUGACCAAAACAAUAUAACCGAAAAUGAUUUUUACGGUAGAGCGCAAAAAUAUUGGUCCGAAGUUCCUGCUACGGUGAACGGCAUGCUUGGUGGUUUAGGAUAUCUAAAUAGAAUUGAUAUCCAAGGUUCCAGUAGUUUUUUAAGAGACUUAAAAGACUUGGGUAAAAACAACGCUCUCGAUUGUGGCGCGGGUAUUGGUCGUAUAACAAAAAAUUUACUGAUGUCGCGUUUUAAUACAACCGAUAUUGUUGAGCAGGAUGCCAGUUUUACAGAAAAAGCACGCGAAUAUUGCACAGAGGGUAAUGAGCAUAAUGGCCGCUUAGGUGAAAUAUACACUAUGGGUCUUCAAGAAUUUACACCAGCUGCGAGUAAAUAUGAUGUGAUAUGGUGUCAGUGGGUCCUGGGCCAUCUCACCGAAAGUGACCUUUUCAAUUUUUUCCGUCGUAUGCGUCUUGGUCUAACAAACAAAGGUUAUUUAAUAAUUAAGGAGAAUGUUACAUCGUCUAAUAUAGUUGAAGAGGAUAAGCAAGACUCUUCAGUAACACGUCCAUUGAAAAUAUACGAAACUGCAAUCAAAAGUGCUGGAUUUCGAAUUGUAAAAACUUGGCGACAGCAGAGCUUUCCCAAAGGAUUAUACCCGGUUUACAUGUUGGCCUGCCGACCCACAGAAUAAUUAGCGUCUGUCAAUUGUAAAAUUGUGGAGAUAUAACAAUAAUUAAGUUGAACUUAAUGAAAUGUUCAAAUGAAAAGUUUUAGUUUACAGACACAACCCUCAUAAAGGUCCUGAAUGAAAUUGCUAGUUAUAAAACUAUAUUAUACAUAGUAAAUCAAUAAAAAAAUAAGUAUGUAUACACAAACA